AUUGAAUUUGUAAAUCCGCCUAUACGUAUCGACGCGAUACGCUACAUGUAAAAUUAAUUUUAUAUAUAUAUGUUUUGUUCACUAUAGUAAAAAUAUGAAACACUAGAAGAAGAAGAGUGAAAUUUUAGGUUAUCAUAUUAUUCAAUACCGUAGAAAUAAUUUUAAGAAUCCAUGGUAAAUAAUUUAUUGAAAUUAGCAAAUUAAAUUUUAAAUUAUAAUCCGUCAUAUUAAUUAUUAUAUUUUAAGAUUCUUCGAAAAUUAACAAUUAUCGAUAAACGAAUGAACGUGCAAUUUGCCACGGUAAUGGUCGUAAUGGAUAUACUGUUAAGCACCUAUUGGCACUUAUUCCGUACACUGCGGCAUUGGUCCAUUACCAUGGAAACACUUUGACCAAUCAUAUUUUCCUUUAAAAAAAAAAAAAAAAAAGAAAAAAAAAGGAAAAGAAAAGAAAAAAAAAAGGAAAAAAAAGGACAAAACAUGGUAAUCUAAAAAGUCUGCCUCUUUGUCUUCUAAAAUCAUUUAUUUUGCACAUAUUCAAUGAUGUCGAUGAUCUAUGAUUCUGUUCGGUCAUUGAUUUACAAAUAUAUAUGAUAUACCACUGUGAUGUUUAAAUUCCAAUCAAGAAUUUCGGAUAUUUCUGCAUAUAUGGCGUCGUGUGAUUUUUCUAUUAAUGCGGAAAAUGUGGAAAGGUAUUUUGACAGUAUAGCAUUGUCAAUAAGCGAAAAAGUGAAUUUGCAUAUAUAUGAUUUAUGAAAAUUAAUUUAUAUAUUAGCGAUUAUCGAAUCGUUUUAAAUAUGCCCGAGAGAUGUGCUGUUGGUAUAAAUUUUAAUUAUUUGCACUUCAAAGAGAAAAUUAUUUGUUAGUUUAUCUUACAUUUUGUCGAUCGCAUUUAUGUGAUUGCUAUCAGUUCAAGUGUAGGAUGCAAAAGAUCGAUAAGGAAGUGACUCGUUGUUAUCAUAAGGAAUUUUUCUUAAACGUCAGAAUUAUUUCAUAAGUUGUAGCAAGAGGUUAAGAAUGUUCGUAUGUUUUGACAGAUAAUUUCGUAAUUAGAUUACGAAAUGUGAAAUUACAAUAAUCGAUUGAUUUUCUUAUUCAUUAUUUAAAAUAUGCUUCUCUAAUGUAUAUAAAUCGUAAAAUAACGAAAUUUUUCUAUACCAUUACGAUGCCGUUCAAAUUUCAUUUAAAGAGAAGCCGUCAAUAUAAUGUAGUGUCCAAAAAUCAAUAUGUAAUAUGUAUAGAAUUAUUGGACACCACGUCGAUAGAAUGUACUUUAAAUAUUGACAGUUUGGGUCAAGAAUGCUUGGAUAAUAUCGUACAAAGAUUAGGCCUUGUACAGCCUGAAUUUUUUGGAUUACGUUAUAUAAGCCGACAUGGUUCUCCUUCUCCUCGCUGGGUAGACAUGGAUAAACCAUUAAAACGGCAACUUGAGAAAGAAGCUAAGAAUUUUAGUUUGUACCUAAGAAUUAUGUACUAUGUGACAGAUGUUCAAUUUAUACAGGACGAAAUGACGAGGUAUCAUUAUUACCUUCAGUUAAAAAGUGAUAUACUAGAAGGUAGAAUUCAUUGUAAUUCUAGACAAGCUAGUCUCUUAGCAAGCUAUUCGAUGCAAGCUGAGUUUGGUAAUUACAAUACAGAAAGACAUACGACAGAAUGUUUGCAACAAUGUACCUUCUUUCCCAAGGAUGUAAUACAAUCAGAACCAGGUGGACUAGAUAUUUUAUUGCAUAAUGCAGUCUGUCAAUAUAAAAAUUUGAUUGGAGUAACACAGGCGGCAGCUGAAGAAUUAUAUAUUUCUGUAGUUAUGCAAUUAGAAGGAUAUGGUAAUGAAACAUUUCCUGCAAAGGAUAGCAAUAAUUCUGAAGUUAUACUCGGUGUAUCUUUAAAUGGAAUUAUGUUGGUGUGUCCUAAAUCUCAAACAACGCAUUUUUACAGAUGGAAAGAUAUUAGUAAUGUAAUAAAUCAUAAAAAAACAUUUAGAAUAGAAUGUCAGUCUGAGAGCGAAGAUGCAAAACAAUUUAUAUUCAAUGAGUCGCGCGAUGCGAAAUAUGUAUGGCGUCUUUGUAUAGCACAACAUACAUUUUAUAUGCAACAUCAAGAAUCACGACCUUCAGAAAGAUCUAAUAAUGGAUAUUUUGAUAGCGAUACGAAUGAUUCUGGGGAACAAGCAGUAUCUAUGGAAAAUCGAACGGUAGACGAUCAUAUGCAUUGGACAAGCUACAAUGAUCUUUCAACUUCUCCUUAUCCCGUAGUCUCGGUUUCUUCUACUGAAAUUAAUAAUUUACGUGCCUUAUUACCAUCAUACAGGCCAGCACCAGAUUAUGAAACGGCCGUUCAAAUGAAAUAUAAUAAUGGAGGAAAUGCUCCUCAGCCUUAUUAUGCAAAUCAAUCUACUAUCGUUGGACAAGAUAUUUCGUGCCUUCUUGGUAAUGUGGUAAAUAGAAGUAGAUAUUAACUUAAAUAUUAAUAUUUGGAUCGCAUGAUUUGAAUAUUUUUUUAAUAUUUUUAAUAUACGAUCGCGUUAUAUUUACGUAACCAAAUAUAUAUUUUUUGAAUAGCAUCAAAAAUUUUUAUAUGUAAUACACACACAUACACACAUACUCUUAUAUAUAUAUAUAUAUAUAAAUAUAUAAUAUAUAUAUAAUACAUAUAUAUUUAUAUAUAUACAUAUAUAAAUAUUCUGUUUAUAAAGAUUAACAGAAAAGACUGAAACACGAUUAUUUCUUCUUAUUAACGUAUAAUCUCUUUUGUUAAUUAAAAAGGUCUUUGUAUUAUAUUCAAAAUU